CAACACUGCUCGACGCUUUCAAAUGUCAAAUGAGCAUUUUCUCGAGCCGGGGAUUGUAAUAAAAAGCAAGUUUUCCAUGAGUUUUUUUUAUAAUGUAAACAAUUACGAGAAUAAAAGCAAGUAAUCGAAGUUUCAACUAUAUACCGUGACUAUAUAAUUUGAGUGUUAAACUAGCAUAUUAUUAUAGUUCUCCCGACCAAGCUGGAUUCAGCACAACGACCGUGUUUUGAGGUUAGAACAGUUUUGGUGUUGAGAGCUGAAUUUGUGGCAUACGUUGACAAGUUUGCGACCGGAAUUUUGUCAUUUCAAUUGUGAAGCAUAUUUAAAAAAUUUGAAUUGUACAAAGCAAAUAUAUGAAUGUACCUCCGGGAGCAGCGGCUGGCGCAGUUCCGCCACCAAUGGGUAUGCCGCCAAUGUUCAAUAUACCGCCACCAGGAUUUGGAGGGCCACCUCCUCCAGAGCUGGCGGCAGCAUUCGGCGGUAUACCCCCUAAUUCUGAAUGGACAGAGCAUAAGGCUCCCGAUGGACGGCCUUAUUAUUAUAACAACAAUACUAAGCAAAGCUCAUGGGAGAAACCAGAAGCACUGAUGACACCAGCCGAACGAUUAACUCACCAAUGCCCUUGGAAGGAGUAUCGUUCAGAUGCGGGUAAAGUGUAUUAUCACAAUGUUAACACAAAGGAAUCGAGAUGGGAACCGCCGCCAGAAUUCUUAGAAAUGCAAGCAAAAGUUAAAGCCGAAGAAGCUGCUGCUGCUGCCAAAGCCGUUGCUGCGAUGACAUCUUCCAGUUUGGCAGGAAUGGUGCCACCAGCUGCUCUAGCUAGUAUACUUCCGGCAACUCUCCCCACCGUGGUAAAUAUAGCUACACCUGAUAUUCGUUCACCUAUGACCCCAGGCAGUAAUGAAAAUUCUUCAUCCGCCCUUGAUCAAGCCAUGGCUGCCACAUUAGCUUCAAUCGAAAUGCCACAAGCUGGGAAGGAAGAGAAGGAAAACAAUAAGAAAGAAUCCCCUUCGGAAGAACCCAAAAUAGUAUUUAAAGAUAAGAAAGAAGCAAUUGAAGCCUUUAAAGAUUUACUGCGGGAAAAAAAUGUACCCUCAAAUGCUAACUGGGACCAGUGUGUAAAAAUUAUUUCCAAGGAUUCACGUUAUAGUUCAUUUAAAAACUUGAAUGAAAAGAAACAAACGUUUAACGCAUAUAAAACACAAAAACUAAAAGAUGAACGCGAAGAGUCGCGUUUGCGCGCUAAAAAGGCCAAGGAAGACCUCGAACGUUUUCUUAUGUCUACUGAUAAAAUGAACUCGCAAACGAAAUAUUACAAAUGCGAAGAGUUAUUUGCGUCCAAUAAAACAUGGACUAGUGUGCCAGAACAAGAUCGUCGGGACAUUUAUGACGACUGUAUCUUCAAUCUGGCUAAGAGGGAAAGGGAAGAAUCGCGUUUACUAAAGAAACGUAAUAUGAAAGUACUUGGUGAGUUACUCGAGUCGAUGACGACAAUCACUUUCGAAAGUACAUGGGCACAGGCACAACUAAUGUUGCUGCAAAAUGCUGCCUUCAAGAACGAUGUUAAUCUGCUAGGCAUGGACAAAGAGGAUGCGCUCAUAGUUUUCGAGGAUCACAUACGUUCAUUGGAAAAAGAAGAGGAGGAGGAACGUGAACGCGAAAAGAAACGUCUCAAGCGACAACAGCGUAAAAAUCGUGAUUCCUUUUUAUCCUUAUUAGAUGCACAACAUGAAGCUGGAAAACUAACGUCAAUGUCUCUCUGGGUAGAGCUAUAUCCAAUAAUCUCAGCAGAUUUGCGUUUUUCAGCCAUGCUUGGGCAGCCAGGUUCUACACCGUUAGAUUUAUUCAAAUUUUACGUAGAAGACUUAAAGGCGCGCUAUCACGAUGAGAAGAAAAUCAUACGCGAGAUACUUAAAGAGAAACAGUACGUGGUACAAGCAAAUACAUCGUUCGAGGAAUUCGCCACUGUUGUUUGUGAGGACAAACGCUCGGCCAAUUUGGACGCGGGCAAUGUCAAGUUGACAUAUAAUGCACUGCUUGAAAAGGCUGAAGCUGUCGAAAAGGAGCGACUGAAGGAAGAGACUCGCCGUUUGCGUAAAUUGGAGAAUGAAAUCAAGGCGGAAUGGCAAGAGGCAAAUAUUUCCAUACAAGAACCUUAUGAAGCCGCAAAGAAGUUGGUUGAGCACUUGGAAGCAUACACCAUUUACGAAAAGGACGUGGGUGUGAAAAAAAUUUGGGACGAUUACAUAAAAGAAAGCGAGGAUGCGUGUAGUCAUCAUCAUUCACGUUCACGAAAGUCGAAGAAGAAUAAAAAACAUAAGAAGAGAAUGCGCUCCAGUUCAAAAUCGGACAUUGAAAACGAUCAGGAUGAAUUCGAGCGUGCAAAGUCAAAGAAGCAUAAGUCACAUUCGCGUUCGCGUUCGAUUAGUUCUAGCCUCAGCAUGGAGAGUGAACGCAUAUCGAAAAAGAAGAAGAAGCGAAAGAGCAAAAAGACCUCUCGUGCUUCUUCCUGCGAAUCUGAACGUCCCAUUUCCUCACCAAUUGCUUCGCCAUCCGCUUCUCAAUUGGAGGACAUUACAGUUACCAGAAAGAAAAAGCGUGAGAAGAAAAGCAAAAAAGAGAAGAAACAUCACCGUUCCAUUACACCGAUAAGCGCGAAUGGUAGCAAUCAAUCAGAUGUUGAGAAUUCGGGUACGAGCUCGCGAAAUGCCGAAGAGCAAGCGCUCAGCGAAACCGAGCUUGAGUCCAAACGCGCCGCAUUAUUAGCACAAUUAAAUGAGCAAAUGGAAGAUUGACCGUCGGAGAUUGGCUCAUCAAUUUACAAAUCGUCUAGGCCAAUAAUCAAUAGUCGCAGCAGCCAAUAGCCACGCCAAGACCACUAAAACGUUGUACAGCAAAAGCAAGCAUUAGGCAUUCACAUACACACACACAUCUCUCUUUUACGCUGGUACUUUUUGUGUGCAAGUUCUUUAAGUCACUGCGAGUCUUUUAAGAAUAAUAUUUAUUAUUAUUAAUGUUAAUUUUAUGUACUUUAUGAAUUGCACAUGCAAAAACAAAAACAUAUACAUACAUUUUGGCAUUAAGCAACAGGUAUUUGAGCACUUGUAUGAUUAAAAUAAAUAUUAAAAAAAUAUUGAAGUUCA